CUUGUGCUUUCUCAAACAAAAGAAGGAACAAAAGACUGUUCACAGUUAAAAUUGUCCAUCAUGAAAGCUACAAGUCUCCUUCUGCUCGUCUUCGCCAUCCAAGAAGGAAGAAGUAACGGUGAAGAGGAAACCUACUGCACGGAGCAGCGCGGCACCAUCAUCAUAGAAGAGAAGAGCUCUGUGACUAUUCCAUGUAACUUCACGUAUCCAAACCCGAAGGGCAAACCUGUAGAUGUGAGAGUGUCCUGGACACAGAGUAAGUCGGAACGUUGUGGAGGUGCAGAAACCAUAUAUAAUCGCACAACAAACUGGACGCAUGACAAUUAUAAAGGAAGAAUCUCACUGGGGGGAAAUCCCAACGGAGAAAGAACAGCGACAAUUACCAUCAAUGAUCUGAGGAGGACGGAUGGCCCCACGAUCUGCUGUAGAAUAGAAAUAUAUGUGGACAAUACCUAUAAAGAUGGAUUCCAGAACCGUCAUGGAACCAACAUAAGGUUUACAGAUGAGUUCUCAGUAGAACAGACGGAUUUGGUUCCUGCUAUACUCGGAGAAGAUAUCACUAUACCCUGCCUCGUUCACUAUAAGGAUCCUUCUUUGAUAGCGCUUGUCUCCUGGCAUGUUGGAAGCAGCGAUGUGUGUGCUGAGAAUACUAUUAUAUGGAAUCAGCCGAUCACAGUAAAUCCUGGAGAACGAUGGUCGGUGGUGGCUUUUCCUCAGGAUCUGUCAUUAAGAAUAAAGGGAGUGACAUCAGAGGACAUCAAGCAAUACUGCUGCAGAGUAGGAACAAAACUAAGGAAUAACAUUGCAUCAUCCACACAUGGCACCGAGGUCGUACUUGUGGAUAAUCCCUUGAAUCCAGUGUUUGAAGUUGUGCAACCAGAGAAAACUUCAUCUGACGUGGACGAUUCUGCUAACAUCAGCUGCUCGUACAAAUUCCAAUCAGAUACUAACCUUCUGUGGACUGGGGUCUUCUGGAGAGUGGGCAGCCCAAAGGGUGCUUACGCCUAUCACCCGUUCCCAGCCAUGGUUCACUCCACCUACAGAGGAAGGACAGAGCUGAGAGGACUGGCCGAUCUCCGUAUAAAGGGGGUUAAGGAUACUGAUAAUACAACUUAUUACUGCUUUGUGAUGCUCAAGUUCUGUGUCGGAAAUAACAAAUCCAGCUCCACCAUACAUUACGGAAGAGGGACCAAACUAGACAUAACACGUAAGUCCAAGGAGGAUUCCCAAUCAGAUAAUGAGAUACCAGAUAGUAACACAUGGCUGUACGUCUUAGUCGCUGGCCUGCUUGUUCUUAUUAUCCUAUGUGCUGUAAUCUUCAUCAUUUUAAAGAAAAGAGGCAUCCUCUGUCAGACACGUAGUGGGCGGGAAGAUGUUAAAUAUCUGACCUCAAAUAUUGCAUUGAAAGAUCAAAAUUCUUCUGGCAAUGUGCAAGAACCAGCAGUUGCCUCCAGCACAACGGCUCAAGAGGUUUCCGGAGAAGUUCUCUAUGCACAUUUAAAUGAGUCCUCCUUGCAGCAGAAGACAAGCAAUGGGAGUAAGGGACGAAAGUCACCCGAUGACUCCCAGAUUGUGUAUGCUACUGUCAAGCCCACCAGUGCCCCUCAAGAUAUAUAUGCAACAGUUCAAGAAAGACGCUAAAUGAAAAGUCAAACCAAGUGUAGACCCAUCUACUAAAUCAUAUAAAGUACAAUGGUUUCAGCAUU